AUGAUUCAUACAGGAAUUUGUUCAGAUAUGAUAUUCUUGUGUCCAAUAUGUGUGAAAGAAAGACCCUAUCCAACAUGGUGUGAAGGAUGUGGUGUUAAAUAUUUUGAGAGACAUUAUGAAAAUUGGACUAGUGGUGAUCAAAUAAUAGAUAAAGUUAUAAGAUACACUCAGGAGAAUACGAAAAUUCCUGUUGAUUUUGUGGAGUGGAUACCGUAUGAACAAAUUGAAAUAAGAGGGAAAGUUGGUCAAGAUGGAUUUGGAAGUGUUUAUAAUGCUUUUUGGAAAAGAGGACCAAUGUUUAUGAAUAAGAAUAUGUUUAAAAGUACGAAAGGAAUCCAGAUUGCACUAAGAAGACUAAAGAAUAACACGUUUCAUGAGAGUUUGAUGGGGCUUUAUAAGAGCUUAAAAUGCUUUAAUGCAACAAAUUUUUAUACAGAAAAUGCUGUAUACAAACCUGAAAUUUCGCCGAUAAUUCGAUUUUAUGGUCUUACAAAAGAUGCCAAGGGAUAUAUGUUCGUAAUGCAAGUUGCAGAGCGUGGCGAUUUACAAAAAUAUCUAUUUGAUAAUUUUGAUAAAAUGAAAUGGUACGAUGAUAAAUUGCUUAUUUUAGCUAAUAUUGCAAACGGACUUAGAAUUAUUCAUGAAAAUGGGCUAACACACCGUAAUCUUCAUUGUCGAAUUUUAAUUGGUAAAAAUGGAGAAGCUUAUAUUACAGAUUUUGGGCCAGUAAAUAACAAUAAAAAUUCUAUCGCACAAAAAUUAAAUUGUUCGGCACCAUUUAUUGCACCAGAAACGCUCAAAGAAAACAUUUUUACUCCUAAAUCAGAUGUUUAUAGCUUCGGAUUUAUUAUGUGGAUGCUUUCUGCUGGUGUUAUACCGUACCAUUAUCGUAAAUAUGAUGAAGAUUUGAAAAAUAGUAUAUUAAUUCAUGGAAUGCGACCUCCAAUAUUAAAGAGAACACCACCUUCUUUUGAGGAUACCGUAUUAUCACAAAAUAUACAAGAGAUUAUACAAGAAAUUGAACUUUAUAUUAAAAGAAAUACCCCAAAGCCCCUUCCUCCACCAAAGAAUGUUAACAAUUCAAGUGGUCAAAAUAGUUCACAUAUUGCUAUAGGACCAAUGCCAAUCUAA